UUAUGCUGCCCCCCAGCGGCCGGCCCUCACAUCGCCUCCAUCUUCCAGGGGUCAAUGAGCACUUCGUGACACUGAGCAUCUUUCCACUGCUGCCUCCCUGCCUCCAUCACACUCUGCUCCACUCGCAUGACUGAGCAGCGGGCACCUGCAGCAAACACUUAAAACGCGCGAGUCCACUGGUAGAGUUGGUUUCACAUCUCUCCUCUGCAGAAAAUCCAAAUCUGGAGAACAGCAGUUACGCGGCAAGUCAGUGAGUCAUAGUCAGUUUGGAGAGCCAGUGAUGAAUGACGGUGCUGACUGCAGGACUGGACCUGGGCCGUAACCUGAGGCGAUAGAGUGAGAGUGAUAGUAGUAGUAGUAGAGAGAGAGAGAAAGAGAGAGAGAGAGACAGAGAGAGAAAGAGAGAGAGAGAGAGAGAGAGGCACAAAUUGAAGGGGGAGAGGGUGUAAAUAGUGCGCGAGGGAGGGCAGAGAGAAAGAAAGAGAGAACGUGCUUACUUUCGCUGCAGAGAGCCGCGUUACAGGUGAGGGAUCAUACCGGGCUGCACGGGGCUGGAGUUCAUGAAUUUGCAGAUGCCGACAGAUGUGCCCGAAGACGGACUCAACGAUGAGGAGAAAGCGACCAAUAAGUGUGACAGUAUGAUUCUGCCCAGCACCCCGACUGUUCGCAGAGGAAGCACUCCUCUGCCAAUAAAGCACCAGCUCAGACGGGAAGAGGCCGUCCAUGAUGACUGCGAUUGGACAUCAGGUGCAGCAGGACCUUCUGCUUCACCAAUCAGCUUCAGCCCAGCCUUGGAUGACAGUCUGAUGGUGGCAGUGGAGGGCAGAAUUGACGGGCCCUUGAAAAUUGCCCUGCUGGGGCAGAACGGCGUGGGGAAGUCCUCUCUGGCCAUCGCCCUCGCAGGGGAAAUGGACAGGACUGCGUCUGUGGAUUCUGAUGGGGAGGGUUAUGUGCGCACAGUCACUGUGGAUGACGAGGACAGCACCAUCAUUAUCUAUGACAACUGGAGACAGGACCUGUCGGCUCUGCAGUGUGAGGUGUGCGUUCUGGUGUUUUCAGUGACUGACAGGCGUAGUUUCCAUCGCACCGCUCAGCUCCGACUUCUCCUGAGAGAGACCCAGCCCCAAACUCCCAUCAUCCUCGUCGGCAACAAGAGUGACCUAGUUCGCUCCCGUGAAGUCACCGCUCAAGAGGCCAUGUCCAGCGCCGCCCUCUUCAACUGUCUGUAUCUUGAGAUCUCUGCCUCUCUGGAUCACCGCACCCCAGAGCUCCUUGAGUGUGCUGUGCGGCUAGCCAGAGGUCAGCCUCCGUGGCCUCCGGGGAGCAGCGCAGAGGACAUGAGCGGAGGAGGCCGAAGUGAAAGCAUCACCUCCCGUGCCAAACGCUUCCUGUCCAACCUGGUGCCCCGGUACCCACGAGAGCGAGAAGCGGGCAAGUUCCUGAGGCAGAAGUCCCGCUCGUGCCACGACCUAGGGGCGCUGUGAUCGGCGCCGCAAGGAGAUUAAUGGUUAGAUUGUUAACAGGGAUAGAAGGAAGUGAUACCAACAAGUGACAGAGAGUGAGUAACAUUGCAGAUAGUGGACAAGAGGAGGAGGUGUGAAUGUGAAGGUGCCAGAAUGAUGGCAGGACAAUGUUGAGAGUGAUCAUCAUGUGCAUUCAGCAGCGAAAAUAACAAGGCAGUGAUGAUGUUUGUCCAUAGGAUGAUAUAGAAAUUUUGUACACAUGACGAAGCAAAGAAGAAAAGAAUAUAAAAUACUAUUGUAGAACAUAUGUAAAUAAACUGUAGUAGUGACUGCCACCCUCAUAGUUUUGACAGCUAAAUAAAUUGCUUUUUUGAGUCUUGAGAAAGUCACUGUGUGUU